UAACUACCAGAAUGCGCCCACGGUCAUCGAGAACACACAUCAACUAGAUAUGACUUAGAACGAAGCUCAAUCGAAGUGUGUGAAGUGUGAAGCAGCGUGGAGUGUGAGGGUGCGGCGGCGGCGUCUGAACCGAAGAUGGGGCCGAAGAGCCAAUCUAUCCCCAUACUGGAAACGAGGGGGAACUACGUGGAAACGACGCCACUACUCAACCAGGGUAGUUAUCCGCGCCUGUACAAUUACCCAGCGGACAAUCCGACGCACACGUUCCUCAAGAAGCGAUGCCGAGUUCGAGAGCGUCUUGGGUUCAUCUUGAAGAACGUGACUGUAGAACCUUUCAUGCUGUUGAACGUCUUGUCUUGGACGCUGCAGACCACGCUCGUGACGAACCUCGUGCUUGAAAAGGUAUGCGAGAGGCGUCACAACCACACGAGUGUCAGAACAUCACCGCCCUCGGGACUCCUGAAGAAGGCGAGCUCGUGGCAACCUCCCCGCGUCCUCUACGUCCUCGUGCUGGGUUCCUGGAGCGACAAGUACGGGCGGAAACUACCCAUGUUACUGCCCUUUGUCGGGAGUUUCUUGGCCACUGUCAUAUACAUGACGAACGCCUGCUGUGGUGGCUCCGGCGGAACUCGUGGUCCUUGCUGGCAUCCCCCGGGGUCUGAGUGGCGGCCUCAUCACCCUCUUGAUGGCCACUCGUACGUGUCCGACCUCUCGGGCCUCCAGUCCCGCACGCUCUCCGCAUCGCCUUCCUGGACUUCACGAUGUUCGUCGGCGCGCCCGUCGGCCUCUUCCUCAGCAGCGUCAUCUUCUCCCGCUUCGGAUACGUGGGCGUGUUCAGCAUCAGCGGCGCGGGGUUCCUCCUCAGCGUCCUGUACAUCCUCCUUCGCAUCGAGGACACCGCUCGCACCACGGGGCAAGUGUGACAUGGUGCGCGACCUCUUCGACCUGACCAACGUCCGCGCCACGCUGAUUGUGGCCACCAAGCGGAGGAAGGACCAUGGACGGGCCAAGAUCUUCGCGCUGAUGUUCGCCAUGUGUCUCUUGCUGUUCGUUAUUGUGAGCGUCGACUCUUCUUGCUUGAGCGAGACACUAGGUGGAGCGCAUUUAGAAUACCUGUUCGUCAAGAAGAAAUUUAAUUGGACUUAUGAGCAAUUCGUCAAUUUGAGUAUAUUUGACAUCGUGUUUGGGAGCGUGGGAACCUCUAUGCUGUUGCCUAUCCUGAGUUACAAAUUCGGAAUGGAAGACAGCAUUUUAGGGUUGCUGGGUGUUGCGAGUAAGAUCUCAGGCCUGGUGCUCAUGGCCCUCAGCCCCUCCUCGUGGUAUAUGUAUGUCGCUUCGGUCGUGUCGUUCCUGGCCGGUCUGCCGCUCAUCGUGACGCGUUCGGUGAUCAGCAAACUCGUACCGGAAGACGAAGUCGGAGCCGUUUUCUCCCUCUUGGCUUCUUGGGAGGCGCUUGUUCCCCUUUUCUCGGGUCCUGUCUACACUUUCGUCUACGCUCACACCAUCGACGUCUUCCCGGGAGUCAUCUACUUCGUCAGUUCGGAGCGACGGCCAUCGCUGCUUUGA